CAGGAGGCCGUUUGAGUGAAUGGGUAGGGCGCCUGGUUCCUGCCUCUAUCACAUGGUCGCGCUUAACCGAGCAACCUCGAGCACAGAUGGUACUUGACGGGAAACUGAGAGACGAGCCCCUCUGGUAGAGCGAGAAGCACCAUCUAAAACAGAAACAGGAGCUGGCACUUGCUCCAGAAACUAAGGCACGGAACGGAGAAAAAAAGCAGUAACGAAACCGACAGUUUGCACAGUGCAAAAUGUUUGCGCGUUUAAUGUCACUGAAAUGUGAAUGAAGGUUGUGAAUGAGGGAGGAGGGUACAUCUUCGCAGAGAAUUAUUGCGAAAUCCGAGGCGCGCUCUGUCCCAGGAGAACUCAUUUGAAAAGCUUCCAGAUUGAGACACCCAGACCAGGAUGCAGCGCAACGUCGCUCCUCCAGUUCAUCCGCGAGGCUGAGUUUUUCUGAGCGACAUCCGUCCGCGUGCUUGUCUGAGUGUCUGAGUGUUAUGGUGUCUCUGAUGGACGACUCCUACCGAAAGGUGCUGUUGCUAGGGGCCAUCGCCGCGGCGUCUGCCUUUGUGGUCACAAUCAUCAUCGUGACGGUCUGUGUCGGCUGUCAGAGGAAAAACAAGACCAAGCAUCCUCCGGUCAGUGGGGAGAAGAGCACCACGGUUGACAUGGGUGCUCUUCGUCAGCCUAAAAAUAGUUCUAUGAGUAAAUCUGACACGAGGUUGCAUGAGAUCAACCGCCUGCCCUGCAAUGGCAACAAUGGGGGUAAGAACCGUCCGGCCAGUAUGGACCUCCUCCUCCUCCACAGCCGUCGCUCCACCUCUGAUCUCCGACCCCCCCUGGUCCGCCAACUCCCCCAGAUCCCCACCAGCCCUGAGGGGGAGGACGAUCUCAAGGGGGAAGACACCCUCGGAGGUCAGGGGGUCAGAGACCACACGUACACUGAGGUCGGGAUCCGGAACUCACCGGUCCAGUGCCACGACGACGGGCUGUAUGAGAGUGUAGGGGUCCGGGAGGGGGACGCUGUCCCCCCCGCCCCUCCGCCCACGUUGGCCAACACCCCGGCGACGCUGAGGGCCUCUCACAGCGGGAAUGGGAACGGGAACGGCAGAGGGAACGGCAGAGGAGCUUUAAGCGGCAGAGGAGCUCUAAACGGCAGAGGAGCUCUAAACGGCAGAGGAGCUCUAAACGGCAGAGGAGCUCUAAACGGCAGAGGAGCUUUAAACGGCAGAGGAGGGGGGAAGGGGCACAACUGUGUCGACGGUGUCAGCAGAUCUAACAUCUCGGCGCCGGCCACUGUGACCGCCCAGGACCCGGUAACGGCUGAGUACGCCUCCAUACAGAAGGUCAAGAAGGUGGACAAAGCAACGAAGAAGGAGAGCGGGAGCGCCGAUUCGGAUGACCAGUCGAGUGUCCAGUCGAGUGUGGGAGGGUCACCCUCCGCCCCGACACUGACCCGCAGUCAGGAGUUCCCACGGAAACAGCCUGAGGCGUUCCACCUGCAUGUCUUUCCCAAGGAGGCGGUGUUCAUGGGGAACGGGGAGCAGUACAUCUGGAAGCCCCCUGAGGACCAUGACAUCAUCACCCUGCACCCAGCACCAGCCCCAGCGGGUGAAGGGAGACAGGGAUACACACCCACAGCCAUGGAGAUCGCCGAAACCUACUCUACCGUGUGCAAACCCCAGAAGAAAAAAUCUUCCCCGGAAACGAAUGGAGCAAAGACCCUCCCACGCAACCACGGCUCUCGGGGGGAGAAUGCAUGCAGUGGGGGGAACGGGGGAGGGAACGGGGCAAGGGGCGGUCCAGCCGGGGGAGCGAGGGGCCGGGGCCGGGGGGUCCAGGGCGGCCAGGCCCGAUCCCAUGAGGAGCCCUGCUACGAGCCAGUCGGUGAGAAGACCUGGCCCUCCUGCGUGGUGGCCGAGUCUGACCCGGCAUAUGCCACCAUCGACUCCCAUCGGAAACGCGAGCGGUCGGGAGACCACGGCGGGGGUCUGGGGUUGAACCCCACCCUGAAGCCCAGGAAGAAGCCUCCUCAGCAGGGAGCGACGUCUCCGGGGGCACCUGGUCAACGGGGACCUCCAGCAGUACCCCAGGCACCUCCAACCAAGGUCCUGCCUGGAGGGGAAAACUUCUAUGAGACCAUAAGCGACGUGAAACAAGGGGCCAACAGCGCCAGCACCACCACCAUCUUCACCUUCAACGACGGGAUGGAGAUGUAUGUCACCGGCCUGUAGCGCAGGGGCACCGGCGCCCUGAGAUCUGACCCGGUUGGGUCCUCCUGACCCUGUCCACACCUGAUGACCUCAAAGGGACUCAAAUGAAUGACACCCGUGGGUGAAACCAAACCGCAGAAGUCACUAACAUAGAGUAAUACAAAGUUUCCCGUAUUGGAUCAUGGCCCCGUCCAAUAACAGAAGACCAUUUUGGCGGUUUGGCUGGUGAGGCGUUCAUCAGGUUUAGACAGAGUCUGACACCGGACUCAACCAGUAGGAGAAAUAGACUUGGUUGACUGAUACAUGGAGGUCUGAUUGUGGGUCAAGGGUCGGCCAUAUCGUCAAUAGGAACCAAGUUCAAGGGGUUACCCCUAAUUUGCACCAUGGGACCAACAGAACCAGAAUCACCCUAAGCCUCCGACUGUGUCACUGUACCAGUCUGGCAGGCCCAGCCUGAAUCAUCCCAGUCAUCCCAGUCAAACUAAAACCAGACUAAUUGUCACUUUUUGGACUAAAUGACACUGUCACUAUUUGCCCUACCUGACCUGACACACUCUUUUGGGUGACAUUUUACACAUAUUUAUUUUUGUACAAGUGUGGCACGGUUAACAAAGCAUGACCUGUUCAGAAAAUAACAUGAUGACACACAAUCAGAAAUACACAGGCACACACGCUCACAAACUGUAAAUAAGAAUCAUUGUGCAUGAAAACACGCAUUCUCACAAACAUGAUAGAGGGAAGUGUGGAAACUCGAGGUUGGCUCUACUUCCAAGUUCUGACCCCGUAAUGACAGUAUCAGUUGUGUCCUUGAGAAAGGUACUGCUCAACUUUAGAAGGUACCUGUUUUAUUUGUAUUUUCAAGUUUAGAACUAAAGCUUUAUUGGCUGAUUGGGAGGACUAAUAUCACACCUACACGCAAACACACAAGCAAAACACACAAACCUUCUUGUGCAGGGACUUGUGUAAUAGAAGCAAAUGAAAGUCGGAUGGGAGGUUUGCUGUGCUUAGCUCUUCCUAAGCAAACAUCUCGAAUGGGUUCUUCUCUCCGUUGUCUGGCAGAUAUGGUUUUACAGAUCUGACAUAUAUACCCGUACUGAGUUGGGAUUUUUACUUACUUAAACACGUCUUGGGGGCUGAUCUGCCCUGAAGGCAGAUAUUUCUGUGAUUGGUUGACUUCAUGGAUAUGGCAGAGCUUCCGUUUCAAAGGGGCUGAAUAUUCUAAGACAACCAGUGCUUAAGCUCUCCCCUAAUCUUUACCCUUUACCUUUACUGUAACCCUAGUCCUAACCUUAACCUUUAAACCAACUAUUUUAAAUUUAAAAAAUGAGUGACAUGAGUUGGGACUUAAGCUCUGCUCACUACAUAGAGUCAAGCAAUUUUGUUAAUUUCUGCUGUCAGGGCCGAUUUGCCUCGGAGACACAUUAGAGUAAAAUCUAACUUGCUACCUGCGCAGCAGGAUGCCCUGACCUGAAGGAGGUGCUCUUGUCUCUAACCCAACACACUUUUUCUUGUACACUAUAAUGCUUGUUGUUCAGUGUUGUUACCCCUAACUUUUGAUUGACAGCCUACUUUUUGGUGACAACAGAGUUAACUACAAAAACAAAUUCACUGGAAAUCUGAAAUACAACUAUCAAAUGUAUACAUUGGGAGACAUCAUUACAAAAUGUAUGACUGGAUCUUGUAAAGUUGAGUUGAGCUCAAUCGGUUGAUAGGGCAGGGUAAAAUGGCUGCUGUUUUUCCACCCACAACCACUGGGCUUGACCACAGUGACUUACUACAGUGCAACAACUGACACUUGUAGGCAUAGUUUAAUCCCAGCUCUUCCCUUUUCACAUCUCAAAAGUAGUCUAACGUCAAGUUAAAUCCAUAUACCAAAUUAUUUGUGGUGCACAGUCUUUGUGGUGCACAGUCUUUGAGAGAAAUUGGCAGGAUUUUGUCUCAAAUGAACAGUAAUGACUGGCACAGUUUAAGUCGAUUUUGGGGCGAAGUGUCCCAUAGAGUCCUGAUUUUGUUAUACUUUAGUCAGCUUUUAUUUACUGCAGAUUGUUAUUAAAGUUAUUUGAGAAUUUUACUUGCAUGGCAAAUUACACAUGCUAACACAUGCACACACGCAUGCACAGUUGGCAGAGACGCAUCAGGUCAGGGACACAGCGUGGGCUGGGUAGAUUUGUUCCCAGAAACGAUUUCACAAUCUCUACUUAGAACCUUUACUCAGCCUGUCCCUGAGAGACAGAAAUUAAGAGGGAAAGUAUUAAACAUCUGUAUUAACUGGAGAUGCUUCAUCAUAGGCAGUUAAUGUGUCAUUUCUCUGGGGCGCCGUGAACGUUUGCUUUCAUGGCCAGGCUAAUAUCGGAGUAUCGGAGGAUGGCAGGGUAGUGAAGGGCAUCUGCGUAGCAGGGUCAUGAUUCGCUCACCCGGUUGGAGUCAAUGCCAGAACUUAACUCCUGCUUCUCGGGCCGCACUCUGCCUGUCGAUUGAGAGAGCUGCGAAGGGUUUGAAAAUAAAGUUUAGGGCAUCCCAUUACCAGGGAGCGUCUUCUGGAAGGACCGCUUUAGCCUGUGCUGGUCUAUUGUAAACAAUCUCUCAUGUAGUUCUUUGUAGAAAUUGAUUUU